AUGGACGGUGAACCCCUUCCUCCUGGUUGGGAAUCGAGAAUAGAUCCGAGAAACGGAAGGGAAUACUUUAUCAACCACAAUACUCGAUCAACAACAUGGAAGGAUCCAAGAUCAAGAAAUAUAUUCAAUGUGCCUGUAAACACCCAACCGAGGACAGUCCCCACAGUCCCUUCUAACAACACUCCCAAUGAGAGCGGGACUCAAUCGCCCAUGUCAAUCACGGAAGAACAAAUCCAAAAAAUUGAGUUAAUACGCAAAGAAAUAUCAGCCUUUGAGGACGUCAUUCAACAAAUUAAUAAAAAUGUCAUCAAACCACUAAACGACAAACCUUCGCAGGAGGAAACGUGGAUUGAAGAAAAUUUGCCAAUGUGGGAUAGAAUCACUUCUGAUCAAAAGAAAAUGUUUCGAGGCGUGGAUGAAGGAGUAAUGAAAUGUUUGUGCAAAUUGGAUGCGAUUGAAUCCCUGGGUUCGGAUGAUAUUAAACAAAAAAGAAAAAAUGUUGCAGAGUACGGAAAUGACCUUAUUCGGAGAUUAGCUGCUAUGAUGGGACGUGGAGAAAGUUUUGACUUUAAAUAA